AUGAUCUCCUCAGCUGACAAGGAUAGUCGGCAAAUACAAGCAAGACAUUACAAAACAUUACAAGAAAUGUGCAAGAAGGCAAAACCAAACCAAGAAGAUCUGUCCCAGCUAUUAGACCUCGAGUUUGAAGCCAGAAGAUCCUUCAUUGACUCAGACACCAUGAAAGAGGAGAACAGAGCUCACUUCAUCUUGGAUGCAUAUCCAUGCUUUAAAGAAUUGCAUCAUGCGUUGGGUGAGCUUCGCAGAAUUUUGGAUCCCCACAACAACAAGUUCAUCAGUCAAAUAAAACUGAGAUGGGAAGAAUUCUGCUCCAGGGUAGAGUUCUACGGUGUGUCAAAGAAGGCAAUGAAUCCACCAAUGACCAUGGACAAAACUGAAGCCCACCUCGCACUGAUGAAGGCUCUUCCAACGCUCUUUCCCACACCUGCCCAUCCACCAAAAAAGAUGGGGAAUACUUCUGAAGCAUUUCUACAUGUCCUGAAGCCUACAGAAUAUCCAGAUGCUUUCCUCCAGAAACGAAGCUUGUCAUGUCCAGUAGUGAUGUUCGAUGGCUGCAAGUGUGUCAUUGCUGUUGGUAAUUUACCAGUUACAACAUUUGACAAAGAAAAACUUGGUGAGGCUAUGAUAUAUGUGAUGGCAUACUUUUAUGCACUCCAUCUGACUUACCCAAAAUACGUGGCAACCCUGCUGUCUGUCAUUCAAACAGAAGUUCUCCAGGAUGCCAUUCAUGAGCGUGACACUACAUCAUCUUACAGAAAAGCCCUGGCAGAAUGGCAUGCAUUUAUUGGAAAGUAGUGUGUAAAUUUCAGAUAAGAUU